AUGUUGAAUACCGACAAUGACAAACAGAUAACACAUUUACAGUCUCCACGAAUCUUGUCAAAAGUUCCAAAUCUUCUUCUUCACAAGUACUCAUGUGUUUCAUCACCUCAAUUGCACCUCUCAUACGCUCUAUGUUCAACUCUAGCGCUUGCUUCUUAUCAAGCUUUGACUCGAGAUUCCUCUUCUCAUUCUCAUUCAGCGCUCGACGUUUCUCCAGUUCUGUCGUCCGCAGCUUUAAUUUUACUCUCUGAGCCUCCAAUUCCGCUUUGCUUCUCUUUUGCUCCUCAGAAAUCUUGCGGAGCGAGCAACGGCCAACGGGGCUGCUGCUAUUCGAAAUCCCCCGCCGUCGUGGAGUUGCUGCCGAUCGGUGGUCACGGCUCUACUCUGCUCGAACGCCAACGAACGGGGAUGAUAUGCGUGAUGCUCGGCUCCUUGAAUCUGUUCGAACGCACGGCGUACGGGACUCCUUCGGCGAGGUUGCUGCUCGUGAACCCUUCUUCUCGCACGGACAGAGCACGAUCCGCCGUGCUACGUGCGAUGACGAAGAAUGGACGGAACCUGCUCGAUGUCGUCGGGGAGGAUGAAGACGCUGCUCGGUGA